ACAGAGAAGAGGUUCUGGGACACCAGGCCCUGGGUCAUCAUGUUGUCAAAGACGGGUGUGGCCCCAGAGGCUGCCAGGUUGGGGAAAGCCAGGCCCAGGAUACCGUCGGCAACCAUGUUGGCCAUGAAGGGAGCCUCGGUCUGACUGGCACCAAAGAUCUGCUGAGUCACAGAGAUACCUCCCACCUGGAAACACAGAACAGCAGGCAUCAGUCACUGGGCACCAUAGAAAUAGAAUUUCUAGAAUGGAUUUUCCCAUUCAAGUCAGUUGUUUGGUGAUGUGUGGACCGGAGGCCAUAUUGAGUGUACCCAAAAUAGUAAUUAUAUUUCUUUGCUGAAUCUACUGGAGUCAGUAACUAAUAUGCUUGGGUAUUGUUUAUAGCCUGUGAUGUUAUAAAAUGGGACCGUUAGGGGAGGACGGGUGCUGAGUGGAAUAUUAUUUGGGGGUUGUAUUGUAUGUAAUGUACAGUAUGUUGUAUUUGAAAGUGUCAAUAAAAAAUGUAUCACAAUAAUGUGUAGCUAGCUACAUUUACAUACUGAAACAGUGUCGUAUGCCAGCUGUCCAGUCAUGCUGCCAGUUCCGUACUGAAUGGAAACAGGCUUGUUGGCCCAUGAGAAGGUGCUAGACUGUGCAGGGUUGAAUUCGGCAUGGUUCUCUAUUCAAAACAUGAACAUCUUCAUUAAGUACACACCAUGCCAUUGCAAAACUGAACAUUCAUUUCUUCGUUGGUAUUGAGCUAUUUUCCACAAUCCACGCUCUAAAUGGGACAAUACAAAAAUACAUUCCUCCUAUUCUAUUGUUUCAUUGUGUUGAGCGAACCCCUUUAUGCUGUAAAUCUCAAGGUGCUCCCCUCAGCCCCUAACCUCAACCCACAACCAAGUCUCCCAUUCUCUGGCUAGGUACUCAAUAUGAAACAGUUUUUUGCAACUCUGUCACAAGAGACUACUCAGAAACAAUUUGAAAUAUAGCUAUUCUCCAACGUCAACAGUAUUCUCCAGACCCCUACAAUAUACUCACGGCAGGCUGGGCUGGAGCAGUAGACAGAGGGAACCCACAGGUUGGAGGAGCCAGUGUCAAAGAUGACGUUGAAGGACUGGGGAGGGGUUCCAAUGGAGAUCACACCAUAGUAGGACAACUGCAGAGAGACGUUGAAACAGAGAUGUACUGUAAGUCAGGGUUACACAAGUGAACAUUUCAGAGUACUAUGAAGAAACAGGCAUUUGUCUAACUAUAUAGCUAGUUACAUUUGAAGAAGCAUGGCUAUAUGCUCAACUCUAAGCUCAUAAUUAAUUUGAUCAUGCCAGUGUGCAUUUAAUUUAAGCAAGACAUGAACACAAACUGUAGAGUCAAUGGGUUCAAACUAUGCAGUCACAAUAUCCAACAUGUAAUGACAUUUUUGAAACAAUAAUCAUAUAGUCUAUAGACUAGCCUGGUCCCAGGUCUGUUUGUGUUGUAUACAGUGCAUUUGGAUGGUGCCAGGUUUCCUCCAGACGUGACGUUUGGCAUUCAGGCCAAAGAGUCCAGUCUUGGUUUCAUCAGACCAGAGAAUCUUGUUUCUCAUGGUCUGAUAGUCUUUAGAUGCCUUUUGGCAAACUCCAAGCAGGCUGUCAUGUUCCUUUUACUGAGGAGUGUCUUCCGUAUGGCCACUCUACCCUAAAGGCCUGAUUGGCUCUGUCAGAGUGACCAUCGGGUUUUUGGUCACCUCCCUGACCAAGGCCCUUCUCCCCAAUUGCUCAGUUUGGCCUGGCGGCCAGCUCUAGGAAAAGUGUUGGUGUUUCCAAACUUCUUCAAUUUAAGAAUGAUGGAGGCCACUGUGUUCUUGGGGACCUUCAAUGCUACAGAAAUGUUUUGGUACCGUUCCCCAGAUCUGUGCUUCGACACAAUCCUGUCUCGGAGCUCUACGGAUAAUUCCUUUGAACUCAUGGCUUGGUUUUUCCUCUGACAUGCACUGUCAACUGUGGGACCUUAUAUGGACAGGUGUGUACCUUUCCAAUCAAUUUAAUUUACCACAGGUGGACUCCAAUCAUGUUGUAGAAAUAUCUCAAGGAUGAUAAAUGGAAACAGGAUGCACCUGAGCUCAAUUUCAAGUCUCUUAGCAAAGGGUCUGAAUACUUAUCUAUAUAAAGGAUUAGAAAAAAAUAUAUAUAUACAUUUGCAAAAUAAAAUAAAAAAGUUUUUGCUUUGUCAUUAUGGGGAAAAUUUUUAUUUAAGCUAUUUUUUCAACUUCUGUCUCUGCCUUACAUCAGCGUCGUUGGUCAUAGCCUCAUCACCGGUCUGGUAGAACUUGGCCAUAGGGUUGUAGGGGAACUUCAGCCUGGUCUCCUCCCAUAUACCCUUCUCCAUCAGGGUCUCUCUGGCAGUCUUCCCCUUGAUCAGAGAGAUCCUAAAAACACACAAUCACAAUCACCUUUAUUACAUGUACCAGGAAUUUGACCUGGUGAAAUGGUGCUGACAACAAUAAACAGAAUAUUCAGACAGAAAAUAAAAUAAAAAAGAAGAGUAGAACAGGACUGGGACUUACUUGGUAUUACACUCGGAGAGGACCACUAGGGCACACAGGACGACACCCCACUUCAUCAUGGUUGCUUCUGGUUCUUCUUGGACUCAGUGAGUGAAGUUAGAGUAGGAGAACCCAGGCCUUAUAUACAGUUAUCCUGUACACCAGGACCCAAUCCACAGCCAUAUGACCACGUCAUGCCAUGCCCUCCUUUAACACACAAUAUCACGCAAUCGGAGUGUCCCAAAAUGGCACCCUAUCCCCAAUAUAGUGCACUACUUUUGAACAGGGUCCAUAUGCCUCUAGUCAAAAGUAGUGCACUAAAUAGGGAAUAUAGUGCCAUUUGGAACACAGUUGAUAACACAACUUCAGAUAAGAAAAGUGUGAUGUGGUUACAAAUAUAAAACGCCUAUGUAGCAAAAGUGAAUAUGAUUUGGAACAAUGUUAAUGAACAGUGUGUCAUUAUCUAACCUUGGGAAACAAAAUAUAGCUGGAUACUAGUCUGUGCCACGGUGGCAUCAGUUCAGCUAAACCUAGGGUAUGUCAAAGUGGGGUGUGGGGGGAGGGGGACAUUUUUUGGAAGUUUAAGCUCAUUUACUGCAUUUCUACACAAUUGAAAAACUCUAAAAUGCUAUUUAGAGAACAACAACAAAAAAUAAUAAUGACCCCAGCCAUAAAUUGCCACCGCAACAUCUGGUUUAAAGGUCUGUGGAACGGCAUUUACACCGACUGCACAAAACAUUAGGAACACCUACCUAAUAUAGAGUUGCCCCCUCCCCCGUCGGGGCAUGCAAGUUUCACGUUUGUGGAAGAUCUUUUUUCACCAUAAAAUAGCAUCUUUAUAUUAAAAGAUUGCAUGCAUCUAUCAUCGCAUUUGCAGACUUAUGUAAGAUAGGCUUCCACUCCUAAUGUGAUAAGUAGAUUGAAUAGUCAUAAUUUAGGCUAACAGUAAAGCUCAAUCACUGUUAGCGAAACAAAGCAUGCCUGAGCGCGUAGUGACAGAGUUGGCAUAAUCAGAGAUGUUUCUUCUCCUUUCUUUGUACAGGAAAAAUGUGGCCUUUUAUAAACACGUGUGUGAUUAGUCAAAUUUAAAUGAUGAAAAAUGCCUUCCUCAGUUGGGUUCGCCCCCCUCUAGGCCACAAUUGAAGAGUUUUCUUCCCAGGCGUAAUGCAAAGCAUUAUCGCUGGGAUAUGAGGUUACACCAGGGCUUGAGCCGAUGUUAAAAGUGUUUACAAAAGUACAAAGCGUUAGAAAUGUAUCCGUAUGAUCACCCUGUCCAUAUGCUCUAUUUAAGUUGUUCCAAGAGACCACUUUUUUUGGACAAGCUAUGUUUUCAAAACGGUAUCCUGAACAACAUCCUGAAAUAUAUGUAGAUAUCUUUGUUAGACAAAUUACGGUUAGAGCAUUGGGCCAGUAACCGAAAGCCGACAAGGAGAAAAAUCUGUCGUUAACCCUAAUUUGCUCCAGGGGCACCGUACUACUAUGACUGACCCUCUAAAACAACAUACACUGCUCAAAAAAAUAAAGGGAACACUUAAACAACACAAUGUAACUCCAAGUCAAUCACACUUCUGUGAAAUCAAACUGUCCACUUAGGAAGCAACACUGAUUGACAAUACAUUUCACAUGCUGUUGUGCAAAUGGAAUAGACAACAGGUGGAAAUUAUAGGCAAUUAGCAAGACACCCCCAAUAAAGGACUGGUUUUGCAGGUGGUGACCACAGACCACUUCUCAGUUCCUAUGCUUCCUGGCUGAUGUUUUGGUCACUUUUGAAUGCUGGUGAAUUCCUGGUGCUUUCACUCUACUGGUAGCAUGAGACGGAGUCUACAACCCACACAAGUGGCUCAGGUAGUGCAGCUCAUCCAGGAUGGCACAUCAAUGCGAGCUGUGGCAAGAAGGUUUGCUGUGUCUGUCAGCGUAGUGUCCAGAGCAUGGAGGCGCUACCAGGAGACAGGCCAGUACAUCAGGAGACGUGGAGGAGGCCGUAGGAGGGCAACAACCCAGCAGCAGAACUGCUACCUCCGCCUUUGUGCAAGGAGGAGCAGGAGGAGCACUGCCAGAGCCCUGCAAAAUUACCUCCAGCAGGCCACAAAUGUGCAUGUGUCUGCUCAAAUGGUCAGAUACAGACUCCAUGAGGGUGGUAUGAGGGCCCGACGUCCAUAGGUGGGGGUUGUGCUUACAGCCCAACACCGUGCAGGACGUUUGGCAUUUGCCAGAGAACACCAAGAUUGGCAAAUUCGCCACUGGCACCCUGUGCUCUUCACAGAUGAAAGCAGGUUCACACUGAGCACAUGUGACAGACGUGACAGAGUCUGGAGACGCCGUGGAGAACAUUCUGCUGCCUGCAACAUCCUCCAGCAUGACCGGUUUGGCGGUGGGUCAGUCAUGGUGUGGGGUGGCAUUUCUUUGGGGGGCCGCACAGCCCUCUAUGUGCUCGCCAGAGGUAGUCUGACUGCCAUUAGGUACCGAGAUGAGAUCCUCCGACCCCUUGUGAGACCAUAUGCUGGUGCGGUUGGCCCUGGGUUCCUCCUAAAGCAAGAAAAUGCUAGACCUCAUGUGGCUGGAGUGUGUCAGCAGUUCCUGCAAGAGGAAGGCAUUAAUGCUAUGGACUGGCCCGCCCGUUCCCCAGACCUGAAUCCAAUUGAGCACAUCUGGGACAUCAUGUCUCGCUCCAUCCACCAACGCCACGUUGCACCACAGACUGUCCAGGAGUUGGCGGAUGCUUUAGUCCAGGUCUGGGAGGAGAUCCCUCAGGAGACCAUCCGCCACCUCAUCAGGAGCAUGCCCAGGUGUUGUAGGGAGGUCAUACAGGCACGUUGAGGCCACACACACUACUGAGCCUCAUUUUGACUUGUUUUAAGGACAUUACAUCAAAGUUGGAUCAGCCUUUAGUGUGGUUUUCCACUCCAAAUCCAGACCUCCAUGGGUUGAUACAUUUGAUUUCAAUUGAUAAUUUUUGUGUGAUUUUGUUGUCAGCACAUUCAACUAUGUAAAGAAAAAUGUAUUUAAUAAGAUUAUUUCAUUCAUUCAGAUCUAGGAUGUGUUAUUUUAGUGUUCCCUUCAUUUUUUUGAGCAGUGUAUUUCACUGCACCUAUCUGGGACUAAGUAAUGCUGAAUGUAAAAAAUGGCUCAACAUACCCCACUCUCCCCUAGUACUCAAUGAAUGGCAUUGCAUUAUCCUUUGCUGUACCUUUUCAUAAUCUUAUCAAAAUGUCACGUUUCCAUUUGGAAAGUAGAUUAGCUUGCAAUUGCCAAAGUUAUUUGAUAUCAGCGUUCAACAACAACACAGCAAUAUAUGAAGAAAAAGGUUAAUGUCCCAGACGAUACAUACAAUAUUGACUGACCAAAAAGUCAACAAAAGUUUAUUUACACCAUUAAUGAACAAUUGGUCUGUAAUCAGGCGUUGGUUAUCAGUACAUUAAACAAAAUGUCUGAAGGUGUAGAGGUAGUCUCUGAUAAAACAUUUUAAAGAUCAUAUUUUAACCAGUUUAAAAAUGAAAAUGCUUGUUUAUUUUUCUAAUUUAAAACAAUAACAUACAGAUGACCUGCAGGACACAAUUUGAACUCUUGAAACGAUAUCUACUGCUUCGGUAUGGCACCCUCCACAAUAUACAUAAAACGCUAAUAUAACUGGGAAUAUCUUUUAUCUGUAUGAGAAAACAUUAGUAGAUAUAUUAUUUCUGGAUAAUAAAGUUUACAGUGCUAUGUAAUUAAAUCAUUCUGAAGUAUAUUGGUAUACAGUAUCGUAAUCUGUCACAAUGUCCUCUUCCCUAUUGCAGGAGUUUCAGUAUUGAGUGUCCUCUUCCUUACUGCAUGAGACUGACAGGUUUUCUCUCCACUAUUAGUGAUGAUGAUGAUGAUGAUGAAUGUGUAAGGAACAGUACAGGGCUCACUAAGAUGGUUUCUAACUGACUGAUUAACAAACAGCAGAAUGCAGCUAUGAAUAUAUGACUCAACUAUUUUCAUGACUUGUUUUUACAAUCAGAUUGUUCAGUAUGAAAAAAAUGUAUACACUCACUAACUGUAAGUCGCUCUGGAUAAGAGCGUCUGCUAAAUGACUAAAAUGUAAAUGUGAAAAAUGUUCACAAUGAUGUUUCUUUACCCACAACACAUGUUGAAUAGAACCGUUGUUGUGGCCUCAUUUUACAUUGAUUCUCACAUGUUUUAGUCAAAGGAAAGACAAGGGCAUCAGGAGAGUUUUGAAGAGGCUGAUUACGGCCACAUGAUACUCAAGUAAAACAAAGAGGUGUGGACAUAUACUGAACAAAAAUAUACAGUGGAGAAAAAAAGUAUUUAGUCAGCCACCAAUUGUGCAAGUUCUCCCACUUAAAAAGAUGAGAGAGGCCUGUAAUUGUCAUCAUAGGUACACGUCAACUAUGACAGACAAAUUGAGAAAAAAAAUCCAGAAAAUCACAUUGUAGGAUUUUAAUGAAUUUAUUUGCAAAUUAUGGUGGAAAAUAAGUAUUUGGUCACCUACAAACAAGCAAGAUUUCUGGCUCUCACAGACCUGUAACUUCUUCUUUAAGAGGCUCCUCUGUCCUCCACUCGUUACCUGUAUUAAUGGCACCUGUUUGAACUUGUUAUCAGUAUAAAAGACACCUGUCCACAACCUCAAACAGUCACACUCCAAACUCCACUAUGGCCAAGACCAAAGAGCUGUCAAAGGACACCAGAAACAAAAUUGUAGACCUGCACCAGGCUGGGAAGACUGAAUCUGCAAUAGCUAAGCAGCUUGGUUUGAAGAAAUCAACUGUGGGAGCAAUUAUUAGGAAAUGGAAGACAUACAAGACCACUGAUAAUCUCCCUCGAUCUGGGGCUCCACGCAAGAUCUCACCCCGUGGGGUCAAAAUGAUCACAAGAACGGUGAGCAAAAAUCCCAGAACCACAUGGGGGGACCUAGUGAAUGACCUGCAGAGAGCUGGGACCAAAGUAACAAAGCCUACCAUCAGUAACACACUACGCCGCCAGGGACUCAAAUCCUGCAGUGCAAAACGUGUCCCCCUGCUUAAGCCAGUACAUGUCCAGGCCCGUCUGAGGUUUGCUAGAGUGCAUUUGGAUGAUCCAGAAGAGGAUAGGGAGAAUGUCAUAUGGUCAGAUGAAACCAAAAUAGGACUUUUUGGUAAAAACUCAACUCGUCGUGUUUGGAGGACAAAGAGUGCUGAGUUGCAUCCAAAGAACACCAUACCUACUGUGAAGCAUGGGGGUGGAAACAUCAUGCUUUGGGGCUGUUUUUCUGCAAAGGGACCAGGGCAACUGAUCCGUGUAAAGGAAAGAAUGAAUGGGGCCAUGUAUCGUGAGAUUUUGAGUGAAAACCUCCUUCCAUCAGCAAGGGCAUUGAAGAUGAAACGUGGCUGGGUCUUUCAGCAUGACAAUGAUCCCAAACACACCACCUAGGCAACAAAGGAGUGGCUUCGUAAGAAGCAUUUCAAGAUCCUGGAGUGGCCUAGCCAGUCUCCAGAUCUCAACCCCAUAGAAAAUCUUUGGAGGGAGUUGAAAGUCCGUGUUGCCCAGCGACAGCCCCAAAACAUCACUGCUCUAGAGGAGAUCUGCAUGGAGGAAUGGGCCAAAAUACCAGCAACAGUGUGUGAAAACCUUGUGAAGACUUACAGAAAACGUUUGACCUGUGUCAUUGCCAACAAAGGGUAUAUAACAAAGUAUUGAGAAACGUUUGUUAUUGACCAAAUACUUAUUUUCCACCAUAAUUUGCAAAUAAAUUAAUAAAAAAUCCUACAAUGUGAUUUUCUGGAUUUUUUUUUCUCAUUUUGUCUGUCAUAUUUGACGUGUACCUAUGAUGAAAAUUACAGGCCUCUCUCAUCUUUUUAAGUGGGAGAACUUGCACAAUUGGUGGCUGACUAAAUACUUUUUUUCCCCACUGUAAACGCAACAUGUUGGUCCCAUGUUUUAUGAGCUGAAAUCAAAGAUCCCAGAAAUAUGUUUAAAUCCCUGUUAGUGAUCAUUUGAGCAUUUGUCAAGAUAAUCCAUCCACUUGACAGGUGUGGCAUAUCAAGAAGUUGAUUAAACAGCCUGAUAAUUACACACUCUAAAAUGUGCAGUUUUGUCAAACAACACAAUGCCACAGAUGUCUCAAGUUCUGAGGGAGCAUAAAAUUGUCAUGAUGACUGCAGGAAUGUCCACCAGAGCUGUUGCCAGAGAAUUCAACGUUCAUUUCUCUACAAUAAGCCACCUCCAACGUCGUUUUAGAGAAUUUGGCAGUACGUCCAACCGGCCUCACCACGUGUAAACACGCCAGCCCAGGACCUCCACAUCCGGCUUCUUCACCAGCGGGAUGUCUGAGGGGAGUGGACGCGGGUUGCUGAGGAGUAUUUCUGUCUGUAAUAAAACCCAUUUGUGGGGUAAAAUUCAUUCUGAUUGUCUGGGCCUGGCUCCCAAGUUGCUGGGCCUGUGCCCUCUCAGGCCCACUCAUGGCUGCACCCCUGCCUAGUCAUGUGAAAUCCAUAGAUUAGGGCCUAAAGAAUGUAUUCCAAUUGACUGAUUUCCUUAUAUGAACUACAAGUCAGCAAAAUCUUUGAAAUUGUUGCAUUUAUAUUUUUGUUCAGUAUAAUAUUAGACAUCAAAUGUUGAAUGUUAGACAUCAAAAGAGUUAACAAUUGCUUCCAGCAGCCCAUGGGCCAUCAAGGUUUUAUCAGGUAAAAGAUAACAGAACAUGAGAACAGACUGUGGUUUCUGUAUGGAAAUGUUCAUUAUUAAAGGUGCAAUCAGUAACUUUGUGGUCAUAACUUUGUGCACAAACAAUCAAAGCGAUCCGAGCUCCAUAUGAACUAAGCAGUGUCUUACCCUCGUUAAGACCCCACCCCCUUCCGCAAUCUGAGACACUCAAAGCAGAAAUGAAACUACAGGUUGCACUUUUAACAAUAUCUUUCAGAUAGCACCAUCUGUUGUCUAUUUCUCUUCAAUAAAUAUUGUAAUUCUGUAAUAGACCAUUAUACAGCAUCUUUAUAUCUGUUUGGGUCAACCGCAUAAAAUAAAAAAGAGAAUAGAUUUUGUGAUUUUAUAUUUGUGAUAUGUUUGAUUACCCAUAAUUCUUUCCAGUCUUGGAGCGCCCCAGUGUGUCCAACUCCAGUCUUGGAGCGCCCCAGUGUGUCCAACUCCAGUCUUGGAGCGCCCCAGUGUGUCCAACUCCAUUCUUGGAGCGCCCCAGUAUGUCCAACUCCGUUCUUGGAGCGCCCCAGUGUGCUCUACUUGUCACGGGUUACAAAGCCAGAACCCAGAAGCAGACUAGGACAAGGUGAGUUGAAACGAAGGUGAGUAUUUAUUUAACAGAUUCAAAAACGAUGCUGAAUAAUCCAGGGAACAGAGCGGGCGGCGGAGAUGAGUUGGUGGGGGUGCAGUGGUAGAUCCAAUAAUGGCUCGGCAGCCGCCGACCACCAGGCAGGGGUUGGGUGAAGGUUCCGGGUGAGUGACUGCAGAUAGAACAAAACGGAGGUAAGUACACAGCAAGCCAACAAGGUGCAAAACAACAAAACUAACGCUAGAAGCUCCAAGGCUGAUACACUGACAAACAUACUGUUCAUGGCUAACGAUCCGGCAGGGAAUGGACGUCAGGUCAGAGCUUAAAAAGGGUGAUGAUCAGGACCAGGUGUGCAGAUCGCUGAUGAGAUGCAGGUGCGGUUAAUCAGGAGAGCUCGGCAACCAGGCAGGGAGCGUUCCAGAACCCUCAGGAAACUGGAGAUUCCGAGCAGAAAAAUGACAACACAGGCAGGAACCGACUCAGGAUGCAGGGUUCAUGACACUACUCCAGUCUUGGAGUGCCCCAGUGUGUCCAACUCCGGUCUUGGAGCGCCCCAGUGUGUCCAACUCCAGUCUUGGAGCGCCCCAGUGUGUCCUACUCCAGUCUUGGAGCGCCCCAGUGUGUCCAACUCCGUUCUUGGAGCGCCCCAGUGUGCUCUACUCCAGUCUUGGAGCGCCCCAGUGUGCUCUACUCCAGUCUUGGAGUGCCCCAGUGUGUCCAACUCCAGUCUUGGAGUGCCCCAGUGUGUCCAACUCCAGUCUUGGAGUGCCCCAGAGUGUCCAACUCCAGUCUUGGAGUGACCCAGUGUGUCCAACUCCAGUCUUGGAGCGCCCCAGUGUGUCCAACUCCAGUCUUGGAGCGCCCCAGUGUGUCCAACUCCAGUCUUGGAGCGCCCCAGUGUGUCCUAACCCAGGUUUAACACACACUACUCAUGCUCAUGUUUAGACUAGCCUUCUUCCAGGAAGUGGUUUCUUGAAUUUCCUGUCAUCGAUGGACUUCAUGAUCUUCUCAAUCGAAGGAUCAUCUGGAUUGGCACAGAAGUGGUAGCUCUUUUUUGUGACCAAGCUGGAAGAAAGCAGACAAUGUCCGAGUAAACAUCCCUGUGUGUAGUGUGUGUGUGUGUGUGUGUGUGUGUGUGUGUGUGUGUGUGCGAGUGUGUGUGUGUGUGUGUGUUUGUUUGUGUGUGUGUGUGUGUGUGCAUGUUUAAUACUAUACUUACACGACUCCCCUCUUAGAGCAGUCAGAUCUGGUCAUUUCAUAUUCCCUGAUGAAUUGUCUGAGGAUUUUUCUUGUGUAAUACUUGAAACAGCAUUCUUCAGGACCAUUUCCAUCUGUAUAAAGAGACAAUCUGUAAUUUUUCUAUAAUUUGUCUUACAUACUAUAGACCACCAGAGGUUGGUGGUCCCUUAAUUGGGGAGGACGGUCUUGGGGUAUUGGCUGGAGCGGUAUCAGGGGAAUGGUAUCAAAUACAGUACAUCAAACACAUGAUUUCCAGGUGUUUGAUACCAUUCCAUUUGCUCCGUUCCAGCCAUUGUUAUGAGCCGUCCUCCCCUCAGCAGCCUCCUGUGCUAUAGACAGGUUAGCUGACAACAUCACGAAAACGAUGCCAGCGCUUCAAAGGGGCGAAAGGCUGUGUGUUAGGAUUCUGGAUGGUCAGAUGGCUAGCAACAAUGACAAGAAGCUGCCAUGUGGGGAAUCGGAAGUGACUCAUUUCAGCCAAUUUCAUCUUGUUCUUGACUGAUGUCACGUCUUUGCUAAUAUGGCAGAAAUGUUUUAGCUAGCUAGCUAACCAAAAAGUGUAACAAUGUAUUUGUAAAAUAAAGUGCAACUUUGUUUUUAAUAAACAUUGGAGACUAAAUAUAGUUUACAUGUUGUCAACAACCUAAGCCAACCCCAGCUGUUUUGCCCCAUUGUUGCGCACAUGUCGGUUGUGUUGCUAAACAACCAACCCGUCUAUAAGUCAGAACUUAAACAUGGAAUAUUUCAUUUCAGCUUUAUAAUGCAACAAUUCAGAGUAGGAGUGCUGAUCUAGGACCAGUUUGCCUUUUAGAUCACAAUGAAUAAGAUUAUAUAAACAGCAGGGAACUGGUCCCAGAUCAGCAGACUCUUGAUAAGUACAGUCCCAUAUCUCUCCCAUACAUCCUUAACCCUAAUUGCUCCUGUAAGUCACUCUGGAUAAGAGCAUCUGCUAAAUGACUCAAAUGUUAAUGUAACACUAUGAUUAACACUAAAUGUUAGACAAUGUUCUGAAGAGAAGGAUUGAUAGUAGUUAAGAAUCGAUUCCAAAGCAGGGAUAACUUACUGUUGGCCAACGCGGCGGACCACAGGGCUGCUCCCAGGAUGCACAGCAGGAGAAGGAUCUGAGCAGACCGCAUGAUUGGUUGAUGAUGAGCAGACAAUGACCAACACUGUUAACACCUCAGCAACUGUAAAGGAUUCUAAACUUAGGACAGAGUAUUUUGUAUUUUAUGAUCAGGGGAGGGAGGUGUGUGGUUUUGGUGGGGAGAGGGAGGGGUGUGGGGGGGGAAGAGUGUGUAGGUGACAAAAGUUUCCACUUAAUCUCAAAAGUAGAAGAAAAAAAAUUUGUUAACAGGAAAUGCACAUGGGGUUAGCCCACCACAGUGGACGCCUUGCACAGUUCUUUGUAGCACGCAUUGCCUAAAAACUCAGCAUCAGUGUGAUACUUAAGGUCUGAAGUUAUUGACCCCCUACACCCUCUUCUUGGGCUACAAAAAAAGCAGUUUCCUGGAAAUAAUAAUAAUUUGUUCUACAACUAUGGAAAAACAUGUUAAACAUUGAACAAAUAAAGGGGCAUCAUACUGUUCAUCAAGUUGAAUAUGUACAGAUAUUUUAUUUAAUAAAACAGAAGCUAAACACUGAGUAUAUAAACAUUAAGAACACCUGCUCGUUCCAUGACAGACUGGCCAGGUGAAAGCUAUGAUCUUUUAUUGAUGUCACUUGUUAAAUCCACUUCAAUCAGUGUAGAUGAACGGGAGGAGACGGGUUAAAUAGGGAUUUUUAAGCCUUGAGACAAUUGAGACAUGGAUUGUGUAUGUGUGCCAUUCAGAGGGUGAAUGGGCAAGACAAAAUAUUUAAGUGCCUUUGAACGGGGUAUGGUAGUAGGUGCCAGGCGUACCGCUUUGUGUCAAGAACUGCAACACUGCUGGGUAUGUCGCACUUUUGGAACACACGAAUUGAGGCUGUUCUGGAGGGCAAUGGGGGUGCAAUUCAAUAUUAGGAAGGUGUUCCAAAUGUUUGGUUCCUCAGUGUACACUUCAAGUGAGAUGCAGUUCCAGUUUUCACCCUGCUGCACUCCCACCCAUGUCCCACUCCAGUUCUCCACAACCAAAAAGGGUCAUAUAUAAAAACAAGGAGACAGUCAAACUGACAAUGCAAAACAAAGCUUAAAGGAAAUCAGAUAACAUAUCAUACCUUCAUUAUCACAUUUCUUGGUGAGGUCUUCAAUUUCUUUAUUCAAUGUAUCUACAACAGGGGACCAAUUACAUACAGCCAUUUAUACUUCCCAAGAUGCACUUCUGUGAUUAAGGGGUGAGUCUACUUCCUGUAGUUCUUAUUGAUUGAUUAUCGGGGCUGGGUAAGGCGAUGUUGGACACACAUGUCCCAACCCUGUAACAUUCACACAGGAACUAACAGGGAACGUAUUUUUUUCCUUUAGAAAUGUCACUUCAAAUCACACACACACACACACACGAGGGUCCUCAACAGAUCACAUGUGAGGGACACCGAUACAGUGAUGGAAUGUACUCAACAAGACAAAAUAAAAAACUGAAAAACAUGGAUAAACUGCCAAAACGACAGUGUGAAACUGCAGGGGUGAAACUACACAUGGUGACAAACAAAACAAAUAUGAUUGUGCAAAAUGCUUUAUUGCAGUACUGCGGUGUUCACCACAUAGGCAGAGCAGGGGGAAGGUGAAGAGAUCUUCAUACAGUGAUCAGAAUGUCUGCGUACACAGUGGGGUGAGGAAGUGAAACGACGAGGGGGUAUUGUCAGACAUCCUGUUGCUACUGCUGGCUGAAUAUCAGUAUGCACUACAAACUGUGUCAACAGCCAAAGGGGUCACUAAAUGCCUUGGGGCUCUGGAGUAUGGAGGGUUUAGUACAGUACCUGCAUUUGAAACAAGUCUCACAUUCAGAAUCAUCUACUGAGGAGUUCGCUUUUUGGCGGGUGAUGGUGGCCAGAAGACAUGAAAGCAGUAGAAGAAUCUGUGAACUGAACACCAAACCAAAGCCUCUUUCUGAACGACACCCUAACAUUGAGCUCACACAUCUAAACCAAGGCCGGUGUGUUCAGAAACAGGAAAACCAGAGCUCCUAACAUGACUCAGGUCCAUUAUCUACAUUAACAAAGGCAUUAUAGGAAAAAACAGAGUAACACCUCUAAGUUACACUCUGCUCAUCACCAUGGAGUAAGACAGCUUCUGAUUGGGUCACAGCACUUACUGAGUGAGUACAUCCAAUAGGGGAAGGGUAUACUGUGGACACAGAGAUACCAGCAACGCCUUAUUAUUGAUAGAAGGGACAUAUCAAAUCAUCAACAAUCUCUUUUCCUUUCUGGAGUCUUCUAAUCAGCUUCACAAUCAAACCGGUACUUAUGGGUUGGGGGGGUGACUGAAGUGGAUUAUAUCAAAUGGGACGAUACCAGUGAGGUUUGUUGUAUUAACCUAACCUUUUUUCUUAAUUAUAACGUAACAACAAAUAAAGAGAUUGUCUCCAUGUUAAGAGAUCUGAACCCCGCCCUGUGCAACUGGGUCCUGGACUUCCUGACAGGCCACCCCCAGGUGGUGAAGGUAGGAAACAACAUCUCCACUUCGCUGAUCCUCAACACUGGGGCCCCACAAGGGUGCGUGCUCAGUCCUCUCCUCUACUCCCUGUUCACCCAUGACUGUGUGGCCAAGCAUGCCUCCAACUCAAUCAUCAAGUUUGCUGACAACACAACAAUAGUAGGCUUGAUUACAAACAAUGAAGAGUCAGCCUACAGGAAGGAGGUGAGGGCUCUGGGAGUGUGGUGCCAGGAAAGUAACCUCUCACUCAUAGUCAAUAAAACAAUGAUCGUGGACGUCAGGAAACAGCAGAGGGUGCACCCGCCUAUCCACACCAACGGGACCGCAGAGAAGAAGGUGGAAAGCUUCAAGUUCCUUGGCGUACACAUCACUGACAAACUGAAAUGGUCCACCCACGCAGACCAUGUGGUGAAGAAGGCGCAACAGAGCCUCUUCAACAUCAGGAGGCUGAAGAAAUUUGCUUGGCACCUAAAACCCUGACAAACUUUUACAGAUGCACAAUUUAGAGCAACCUGUCGGGCUGUAUCACCGCCUGGUACGGCAACUGCACCGCCCGCAACCGCAGGGCUCUCCAGAGGGUGGUGCGGUCUGCCAAACGCAUUAUUGGGGUCAAAUUACCCGCCCUCCAAGACACCUACAGCACCCGAUGUCACUGGAAGGCCAAAAAGAUCAUCAAGGACAUUAACCGCCCGAGCCACUGCCUGUUCACCCCGCUAUCAUCCAGAAUGCAAGGUCAGUACAGGUGCAUUAAAGCUGGGACCGAGAGAAUGAAAAACAGCUUCUAUCUCAAGGCCAUCAGACUGUUAAAUAACCAUCACUAGCACAUUAGAGGCUGCUGCUGCCUAUUGAAAUCAACUGGCCACUUUAAGAAAUGGAACACUAGUCACUUUAAUAAUGUUUACAUAUCCUUCCCUACUCAUCUCAUAUGUAUAUACUGUAUUCUAUUCUAUAAUAUUCUACUGUAUUUUAGUCCAUGCCGUUCUGUCAUUGCUUGUCCAUGUAUGUAUAUAUUCUUAAAUUCCAUUCCUUACUAGAUUUGUGUGUAUUGGGUAUAUGUUGUGAAGCUAGAAGCACAAGCAUUUCGCUACACCUGCAAUAACAUCUGCUAAACACGUGUAUGUGACAAAUAACAUUUGAUUUGAUUUGAAGUAGUUUUUUUGGGUAUUCAUACUUUACUUUACUAUUUAUAUUUUUUUUUACAAAUUUUACUUUUACUUCAAUACAUUCCUAAAGAAAAUAAGGUACUUUUUACUCCAUACAUUUUCCCUGACACCCAAAAGUACUCUUUACAUUUUGAAUGCUUAGCAGGACAGGAAAAUGGCCCAAUUCACGCACUUAUCAAUAGAACAUCGCUGGUCAUCCCUUCUGAACCUGAUCUGGCGGACUCACUAAACACACAUGCUUCGUUUGUAAAUUAUGUCUGAAUGUUGGAGUGUGCCUCUUGGAAUCCGUAAAUUAAAAAAACAAAAAAAUGGUGCCGUCUGGUUUGCUUACUAUAAGGAAUUUGAAAUGAUUUAUACUUUUAUUUUUGAUACUGAAGUAUAUUUUAGCAAUUACAUUUACUUUUGAUGCUUAAGUAUAUUUAAAACCAAAAACUUUUAGACUUUUACUCAAGUUGUAUUUUACUGGGUGACUUUCACUUUUACUUGAGUCAUUUUCUAUUCAGGUAUCUUUACUUUUACUCAAGUAUGACAAUUGGGUACUUUUCCCACCACUGCAGUACAACUCGAUCUAAAAAACAAAUAAAGUUUGAUCAAACAAUUCAUCAAUCAAUCAUUAGAUCCUGUAACGUAUUUUUCUUCAUUUCACAGGAAAACAAAGUCUGAGGCAGUAAGUAUUUUCCCCUUUUUUCUCUAAAUGUUCAGUUACCAUAGUUAGGCUUUUUCUAUCCAGAUCAUCCCUUAUAAAAGAACCAAGUAUAUCAGCAGCCUAUGAGAAGUUUAAGUUUAGGCCUUUUAAGGAAGAAACUAUCCAUGCGGGCCGGAAAAGUCCUCGCAUGCAAGGUUGGAAACCAAAUGGCCGAUAACCUAUUCUCAUUCUUCCUACUGGCCUAUCAUAAAAGCUUUAAUACAAGCUAAAGUUAUCAACAGUAGCUUAUUUCCCAAAUAUUCUAGCCUACGAAGGUGUUGUCCUAAAGUUGUGUCUUUCAAAACCAACAAGAACAAAGUUAGGCGUAGGCUAUUCUCAAUUACAGCUUCAUGAUAGAUAGAACAAACAAUAUUAUUUAUUUUUCUAUUAUUUUAUGAGGCAAAUAAAGCAAUUAUUAUCCAGUUGUGAAGACGGUAGACUGCUUCUAUCACGCCCAUUAUGUAGUCCUAUAACCUAGCUCACUACGGUAAGACAGACCGUUCCUCAUCAGACAGUCACUGAUCUAUCAUGAUGUAGUCCUAUAACCUAGCUCACUAUGCGCAGCACCACCAGUGCAGAGCUUGCUCAGGAAUGGCAGCAGGCAGGUGUGAGUGCAUCUCAAUAUAUGGCCAAUAUACCACGGCCAGGAGGUGCAGGAGGGUUAUGAGGCGGGGACCAAUGAGAAUGGAGAGAUCACCCAGGUGGUCAUCCAGGACUACGAGGGGGCAGAAGGCUUCAGUGUGUUGGAACAGGUGGAACAAGCUACAGAGGAGAUCCACAGCACCGGACCUGAAUACAGCUACAAUCAACCACAUCAGUCAGCUACAACACCAUGGUCUCACCUGGGUUGUGUUCAGUACGGCAAUGGAAAAACAAAAACCUCUGCUGUCAUUGGACAAGUUCAGGCAGUACUCCCCUGUUUUCACUGUGUUCCAAUGUGUGUGUGUGUGUGUGUGUGUGUGUGUGUUGUGUUUUCAGCAGUGGCGAGGAGAGUCCCCAGCCCAUGGAGGAAGAGGAGGAGGGAACAAAAAUAGUCAGAGAGAACGGAGAAAAGUCCUACCUGACCUCCAGGCUAGGAGAUGGGGUGCUGAAGCAGGUCCAGGUAAGCCUGAACAGAACCACCACAUCCAUAGCUCCAUCUAUUCAUUUGAGUGGUUACAUUUAUCCAGUCCCAUCGCUCAGCUGUAUACCAAACCAUGUGGUCAGGAUUGUGGCUUUUAGGUUCUGUUCAGUUGAACAGAAGAUGGCUGAGAGGUCAUCAGAGUGGCCAUUUGUACGGUUACACUAGACCGGCUAUUCCCAAACUGGGGGUAAGGGCAAUGCCGUUGGGGGUACGCCAAAUAAAAAUGUGAUUCACAUUUUCAAACAGUCCAUUUAGAUUUUCCAACGGGGCUAUACAUUUGGGUAAUGUUUUUUUUUCUCGCCUGAGUAGCCUCGUCUCACUGCCAAAAAUAAAAUUAAACCAUCUAGUCAAAUAAUUAAUAUCCAAUCACAUUAACCGUUACUCUCUCGCGGGAAUUCCAUUAACGGUCCGUAUGUAGCCAAACGUAGCUGCUACUCAUUCCGUUUGCUCGAAAAUGUAUAAAUGUUUUUGAAAAGUAAGGCCCGCGUCCAUAGAGACACAUACCAGCUCUACUGGUAGUACUACUUCCAGGAGUACUACACCUGCACCUGUCGAUGACACAAGUUGUUCUGCUUCAAUGAGCAUUCCAAUGUUAGCAUCCAAUGUUAGCAUCCAAUGUUAGCAUCCAAUGUUAGCAUCCAAUGUUAGCAUCCAAUGUUAGCAUCCAAUGUUAGCAUCCAAUGUUAGCAUCCAAUGUUAGCAUCAGUUAUUCUACAUUUGUUGCUAGCCCAGCUAGCAUGGACACUGACAGUUGUGAAUCUGAUGCAGGCGAAGAGCUACUGCCCCCUUACCCGGGAAAGCACUGAACAACAGACUGGGACGAAGAGGCGCAAAUAUGAUGAGAACUAUAUUGAUUUGGGGUUCACUUAUAUUGGGAGUAGUGCCUUUCCUCAGCCACGGUGUGUUAUAUGUGCAAAAGUACUAUCUCACAACUCGAUGAAACCUUCACUCUUGCGCAGACAUUUUGAAAGGAAACAUGCCAAUUUUGAAAAAUAAGCCACGGGAAUAUUUUAAGCGAGAAUUAAGACGACUUUCGAGUAGUAAGACAUGUAUAAAAGCAACAUUAACCAUGAAUAUGAACGGGCUAGAAGCGUCUUAAAUGGUGAGCUACCGAGUGGCUAAGACAGGCAAGCCCCAUAUUAUUGUGGAGGACUUCAUUAUUCCAGCUGCCGCGGAUAUGGCUGGGACAAUGCUGGAGGAAAAGGCCCAAAAAACGAUACAGACAAUGCCUUUAUCAAACAACACUGUUUCACGACGCAUCAGUGACAUGGCAGGAGAUGUUUUUAAAUAAUUACUGUUUCGCAUAAAAGGCAGUCAAUUCUAUGCGUUACAGCUGGAUGAGUCAGCAGACGUGGCGGGCCUGGCACAGCUCCUGGUAUAUGUCCGUUACGUUUAUGUGGGGUCAAUUAAAGACAUCCUCUUCUGCAAACCACUGGAAACCAGGACAACAGGAGAGGGUAUUUUGAAAGUACUGGACAGCUUUGUGACAUCAAAUGGACUUUGGUGGUCAAGAUGUGUUGGUAUCUGUACUGAUGGCGCAAAAGCCAUGACAGGGAGACAUAAUGGAGUUCAGGCACUUUGGUCAUCCCCAAAGCCAACAUCUCCUUUGGCCGCCAUUCCUUCCAGUUCUCUGCUGCCAAUGACUGGAACAAAUUGCAAAAAUCUCUGAAGCUGGAGACACUUAUCUCCCUCACUAACUUUAAGCAUCAGUUGUCAGAGCACCUUACCGAUCACUGCACCUGUACACAGCCCAUCUGAAAUUAGCCCACCCAACUACCUCAUCCCUAUAUUGUUAUUUAUUUUGAUCAUUUGUACCCCAGUAUCUCUAUUUGCACAUCAUCUCUUGCUAUCAUCUAUCAUUCCAGUGUUAAUACUAAUUGUAAUUAUUUUGCACUAUAGCCUAUUUAUUGCCUUACCUCCAUAACUUCCUACAUUUGCACACACUGUAUAUAUAUUUUAUUGUAUUUUUGAGUUUAUGUUUUGUUUUACCCCAUAUGUAACUCUAUGUUGUUGUUUUUAUCGCACUGCUUUGCUUUAUCUUGGCCAGGUCACAGUUGUAAAUGAGAACUUGUUCUCAACUGGCUUACCUGGUUAAAUAAAGGUGAAAUUAAUUUUUAAUUUUUUUUUAACCGAAAUUGCAACAAGCGGUUCUGUGAAAGUUGAAUUUAAUCAGAAGCCACUGCCAGAUUUCUGGAUAGGGCUGCUUUCCAGCCUGGCCCGGCCUGUUCCUGCUCCUCGCACCAAGCCUAAGUUGUGCGUCGCCAGCCCGGCCUGGCCUGUUCCUGCUCCUCGCACCAAGCCUACGGUGCGCGUCGCCAGCCCGGCCCGGCCUGUUCCUGCUCCUCGCACCAAGCCUACGGUGCGCGUCGCCAGCCCGGCCCGGCCUGUUCCUGCUCCUCGCACCAAGCCUACGGUGCGCGUCGCCAGCCCGGCCAGGCCUGUUCCUGCCACUCGCACCAAGCCUACGGUGCGCGUCGCCAGCCCGGCCCGGCCUGUUCCUGCCACUCGCACCAAAGCUACGGUGCGCGUCGCCAGCCCGGCCCGGCCUGUUCCUGCUCCUCGCACCAAGCCUACGGUGUGCGUCGUCAGUCCGGCACAACCCGUGCCUGGGUCACCGGUGCCUGGUCAGGUACCGGUCAGCUGCCCCACACCGGAGCUUAAGCAAUCCGCUCCUACGUUGUCCAGUCCAGCUCCAGCCAGCGGGGCCAGACCGGACCAGGGGCGCUACGGGGGGAUUGUUGGAGGGUGGUGGGCGAGCCCGGAGCCGGAACCGCCUCCGAGGAGGAAUGCCCACCCAGCCCUCCCCUGUUUUGGUCCAUGUUGAGGCGCGGUCGCAGUCCGCGCCUUUAGGGGGGGGUACUGUCACACCCUGGCUCUGGGACUCUAUAUGUUGAGCCAGGGUGUGUAUAUUCUAUGUGUUGUGUUUCUAUGUCGGGAUUCUAGUGUUGUAUUUCUGUGUUGGCCAGAGUGGUUCCCAAUCAGAGGCAACGAGUGUCAGCUGUUGCUGGUUGUCUCUAAUUGGGAGCCAUACUUAUAGAGGCUGUUUUCCCACAUUAGCUGUGGGAUCUUGUUCUAGUUGGUUUGUGUUAGACCGUUGACUGGCACGUUAUCGUUUUGUUGUUUUGUUCGAGUGUUUACUCUCUUUAAUUAAAGAUGUUUGCCUGCAACGCUGCGCCUUGGUCUACUCCCUGCGACGUACGUGACAAACAGUAUGAUGCCCCUUUAUUUGUUCAAUGUUUAAAUAGGUUUUCCAUAGUUGUAGAACAAAUUAUUAUUAUUUCCAGGAAACUGCUUUUUAGCCCAAGAAGAGGGUGUAGGGGGUCAAUAACUUCAGACCUUACAGUGGGGAAAAAAAGUAUUUAGUCAGCCACCAAUUGUGCAAGUUCUCCCACUUAAAAAGAUGAGAGAGGCCUGUAAUUUUCAUCAUAGGUACACGUCAACUAUGACAGACAAAUUGAGAUUUUUUUUCUCCAGAAAAUCACAUUGUAGGAUUUUUUAUGAAUUUAUUUGCAAAUUAUGGUGGAAAAUAAGUAUUUGGUCACCUACAAACAAGAAAGAUUUCUGGCUCUCACAGACCUGUAACUUCUUCUUUAAGAGGCUCCUCUGUCCUCCACUCGUUACCUGUAUUAAUGGCACCUGUUUGAACUUGUUAUCAGUAUAAAAUACACCUGUCCACAACCUCAAACAGUCACACUCCAAACUCCACUAUGGCCAAGACCAAAUAGCUGUCAAAGGACACCAGAAACAAAAUUGUAGACCUGCACCAGGCUGGGAAGACUGAAUCUGCAAUAGGUAAGCAGCUUGGUUUGAAGAAAUCAACUGUGGGAGCAAUUAUUAGGAAAUGGAAGACAUACAAGACCACUAAUAAUCUCUCUCGAUCUAAGACUCCAUGCAAGAUCUCACCCCGUGGGGUCAAAAUGAUCACAAGAACGGUGAGCAAAAAUCACAGAACCACACGGGGGGACCUAGUGAAUGACCUGCAGAGAGCUGGGACCAAAGUAACAAAGCCUACCAUCAGUAACACACUACGCCGCCAGGGACUCAAAUCCUGCAGUGCCAGACGUGUCCCCCUGCUAAAGCCAGUACAUGUCCAGGCCCGUCUGAAGUUUGCUAGAGUGCAUUUGGAUGAUCCAGAAGAGGAUUGGGAGAAUGUCAUAUGGUCAGAUGAAACCAAAAUAGAACUUUUUGGUAAAAACUCAACUCGUCAUGUUUGGAGGACAAAGAAUGCUGAGUUGCAUCCAAAGAACACCAUACCUACUGUGAAGCAUGGGGGCGGAAAUAUCAUGCUUUGGGGCUGUUUUUCUGCAAAGGGACCAGGACGACUGAUCCGUGUAAAGGAAAGAAUGAAUGGGGCCAUGUAUCGUGAGAUUUUGAGUGAAAACCUCAUUCCAUCAGCAAGGGCAUUGGAGAUGAAACGUGGCUGGGUCUUUCAGCAUGACAAUGAUCCCAAACACACCGCCCGGGCAACGAAGGAGUGGCUUCGUAAGAAGCAUUUCAAGGUCCUGGAGUGGCCUAGCCAGUCUCCAGAUCUCAACCCCAUAGAAACUCUUUGGAGGGAGUUGAAAGUCCAUGUUGCCCAGUGACAGCCCCAAAACAUCACUGCUCUAGAGGAGAACUGCAUGGAGGAAUGGGCAAAAAUACCAGCAACAGUGUGUGAAAACCUUGUGAAGACUUACAGAAAACGUUUGACCUGUGUCAUUGCCAACAAAGGGUAUAUAACAAAGUAUUGAGAAACUUUUGUUAUUGACCAAAUACUUAUUUUCCACCAUAAUUUGCUAAUAAAUUCAUUAAAAAUCCUACAAUGUGAUUUUCUGGAUUAUUUUUUCUCAUUUUGUCUGUCAUAGUUGACGUGUACCUAUGAUGAAAAUUACAGGCCUCUCUCAUCUUUUUAAGUGGGAGAACUUGCACAAUUUGUGGCUGACUAAAUACUUUUUUCCCCCACUGUAUGUAUCACACUGAUGCUGAGUUUUUAGGCAAUGCGUGCUCAAAGAACUGUGCAAGGCGUCCACUGUGGUGAGCUAAUCGCAUGUGCAUUUCCUGUAAACCAUUUUAAGUGAAUUUUUAGUGAAACUUUUGUCACCUACACACUUGUCUCCUACAACACCCCCCUCCCCCACACCCAUCCCAAUCCCCACCAUAACGACACAUCUCCCUGCCCUCACUCCCCUCCUCCGAUCAUAUAAAGGACGAAAUACUCUGUCCUAAGUUUAGAAUCCUUUACUUAUUUUCCACCAUAAUUUGCUAAUAAAUUCAUUAAAAAUCCUACAAUGUGAUUUUCUGGAUUAUUUUUUCUCAUUUUGUCUGUCAUAGUUGACGUGUACCUAUGAUGAAAAUUACAGGCCUCUCUCAUCUUUUUAAGUGGGAGAACUUGCACAAUUUGUGGCUGACUAAAUACUUUUUUCCCCCACUGUAUGUAUCACACUGAUGCUGAGUUUUUAGGCAAUGCGUGCUCAAAGAACUGUGCAAGGCGUCCACUGUGGUGAGCUAAUCGCAUGUGCAUUUCCUGUAAACCAUUUUAAGUGAAUUUUUUGUGAAACUUUUGUCACCUACACACUUGUCUCCUACAACUCCCCCCUCCCCCACACCCAUCCCAAUCCCCACCAUAACGACACACCUCCCUGCCCUCACUCCCCUCCUCCGAUUAUAUAAAGGACAAAAUACUCUGUCCUAAGUUUAGAAUCCUUUACAGUUGCUGAGGUGUUAACAGUGUUGGUCAUUGUCUGCUCAUCAUCAACCAAUCAUGCGGUCUGCUCAGAACCUUCUCCUGCUGUGCAACCUGGGAGCAACCCUGUGGUCCGCCGCGUUGGCCAACAGUAAGUUAUCCCUGCUUUGGAAUCGAUUCUUAACUACUAUCAAUCCUUCUCUUCAGAACAUUGUCUAACAUUUAGUGUUAAUCAUAGUGUUACAUUAACAUUUGAGUCAUUUAGCAGAUGCUCUUAUCCAGAGUGACUUACAGGAGCAAUUAGGGUUAAGGAUGUAUGGGAGAGAUAUGGGACUGUACUUAUCAAGAGUCUGCUGAUCUGGGACCAGUUCCCUGCUGUUUAUGCAAUCUUAUUCAUUGUGAUCUAAAAGGCAAAACUGCUCCCAGAUCAGCACUCCUACUCUGAAUUGUUGCAUUAUAAAGCUGAAAUGAAAUAUUCCAUGUUUAAGUUCUGACUUAUAGACGGGUUGGUUGUUUAGCAACACAACCGACAUGUGCGCAACAAUGGGGCAAAACAGCUGGGCUUGGCUUAGGUUGUUGACAACAUGUAAACUAUAUUUAGUCUCCAAUGUUUAUUAAAACAAAUAAAGUUGCAUUUUAUUUUACAAAUACAUGAUUACACUUAUUGGUUAGCUAGCUAGCUAAAACAUUUGUGCCAUAUUAGCAAAGACGUGACAUCAGUCAAGAACAAGAUAAAAUUGGCUAUAUGAGGCACUUCCGAUUCCCCACAUGGCAGCUUCUUGUCAUUGUUGCUAGCCAUCUGACCAUCCAGAAUCCUAACACAAAGCCUUUAGCCCCUUUGAAGCACUGGCAUCGUUUUCGUGACGUUGGCAGCUAACCUGUCUAUAGCACAGGAGGCUGCUGAGGGGAGGACGGCUCAUAACAAUGGCUGGAACGGAGCAAAUGGAAUGGUAUCAAACACCUGGAAAUCAUGUGUUUGAUGUACUGUAUUUGAUACCAUUCUCCUGAUACCGCUCCAGCCAAUACCACGAGCCCGUCCUCCCCAAUUAAGGGACCACCAACCUCCUGUGGUCUAUAGUAUGUCAGAAAAAUUAUAGAAAAUUAUAGAUGGUCUCUUUAUACAGAUGGAAAUGGUCCUGAAGAAUGCUGUUUCAAGUAUUACACAAGAAAAAUCCCCGCACAAUUCAUCAGGGAAUAUGAAAUGACCAGAUCUGACUGCCCUAAGAGGGGAGUCAUGUAAGUACAGUAUUACACAUACACCUACACACUGCAACACACUACACAUACACACACACAUACACACACACACAAUACACACAGGGAUGUUUACUCGGAUAUUGUCUGCUCUCUUCCAGCUUGGUCACAAGAAAGAGCUACCGCCUCUGUGCCAAUCCAGAUGAUCCUUCGAUUGAGAACAUCAUGAAGUCCAUCGAUGACAGGAAAUUCCAGUAA